AUGUUUAUGUCUUCCAACAGCGCCGUCCUGUUUGAAAGGUCACGUGGGCUCGACCGCGUGCGGCCGCCCCCUGCGGCGUUGCUUGGCGCGCGCAGAAGGUGCGUGAUGGUGCUCUGGUGCUUCGGUGGGGUCUUUGUGAGCAUAGCGUGCAGCAGGCGAUGGGUGCUCUUCGGACUCCACGCGCGUCGGGCGCUCGCGAGGUGCUUCUACCGUUCGCCGCUGGUGCUCGGGGUGGUUCGGGUCGGUGCGUUGCGGACGGGUGGUGCGCGUGGGCUGAUCGCGCUGUGCGUCUUUUUGGAUAACGCGUGCAGGAGGUGGCUCAUGCUGUGUUUGCUUGAUCUGGGAUCGGUCUUGUGCGAGCGCGGGCUGGUGGGGGCUGGUUCGGUACUCGGGGUGGUUGGGGCGCGUGGCCUGCGGGCGGCGCCGACGGGUGCUGUUGGCGUGGGCGGGGUGGUUCUUGACGGGGCCGCGCGCGGGCGGCGGGGGCUGGUCGUGCAGGGCAGCGCUCUCCGGCCGCGGAGGGCGCGCCUUGGCGGGCAGGGUGGACUCGGCGGGAUGCUGGUCCGCGUGGAAUGGAUUGUUGCCGGGGCGUGCGGCGCGGGAGUGGGCGCGUCGGGCCAGCAGGCUCGCCGUGGGGGCGGGCGGCGUCUAGCGGCCGUCGCGUGCCUGGCGAGCGGGUGGGGCGUAGGCGUGCGGUUGCUCCGCGCGAGCAAGGUGCUCGUGCUCUGA